AUGACAAAAUCUACAAAACCUAUUCCCAAUUCCAUACCAAUCAAAGGCUUGGAAAUGCAUAAGGAAACUGAGGAUGGCUAUGCUUACCUUUCUAACUUACUUCAAGAGUUCACCAGUAUUCCUAACAUUGACAAGGCAUGGCUGUUUAGCUCUCCAGGCUUGCAUUUGCAGGGAAUGUUUGCUGUUUCCCAACCAGAUCUUUUAACAAACACGAGGAGGACAUCCAUCAUGUCAUGUAACAUUCUAAAAGAAAGUGACAGUUCUGUGAAGUUUUUCUGGGCUCCGUUUCCAAUAGAGAUGUCUGGCAUGUCUCUGAUUGUUCCAUCACCUUCUGGCUCAAAGCUCUUAGUGAUUCGAAAUCCAGAGAAUGAAGGUCCUUGUUGCUUUCAGAUUUGGAGCUCGUCUCGAAUGGACAAAGAGUUCCAUAUUCCUCCAUCACUGCAUGGCUCAGUAUACAAUGAUGGAUGGUUCGAGGGUGUCUCGUGGAACAUGAAUGAAACAUCUAUAGCAUAUGUAGCAGAAGAGCCCUCUCCUGCAAAGCCCACAUUUAAUGGUUUGGGGGACUACAAGAUAGGUGGUUGUGCAGAUAAGGAUUCAGGUUAUUGGAAAAGUCAAGGGGACUGGGAGGAGGACUGGGGAGAGACAUAUGCUGGAAAGAGACAGCCUGCACUAUUUGUGAUCAACAUUAACAGCGGAGAGGUACAAGAAGUCAAAGGAAUUGACAAAUCUUUGAGUAUUGGCCAAGUUGUGUGGGCUCCAUUUACUGAAGGCUCAGAACAAUACCUUGUUUUUGUUGGAUGGUCAUCCAAGCCAAGAAAGCUUGGCAUUAAGUACUGCUCUAACAGACCUUGUGCAUUAUAUGCUGUUCGACUAAGAUCACGGCAUCAUGGUUCGAAAUCCAAUGAAACAGUGCUCCAGUCAGCUCAAGAAUUUCAUGUACUGAACCUUACUCAAACUAUUAGCAGUGCCUUCUUUCCACGUUUCAGUCCAGAUGGAAAGUUUCUUGUAUUUUUAUCUGCAAGAAGUGCUGUGGACUCUGGAGUGCACAAUGCAACAAAUUCACUUCACAGAAUUGAUUGGCCAACUGAUAUAAAGCUGUUCCAAUCUUCCAAAAUUUAUGACAUUAUUCCUGUUGUGAUGUGUGCUGAAGAUGGUUGCUUUCCUGGGCUUUAUUGUACCACGAUCCAUAAUAAUCCUUGGUUAUUUGACAACUGCACCAUGAUUAUAUCAUCUACCUGGCACAGCAGUGAAGUUCUGCUCUCCGUGAAUGUGGUGAGCGGGGAAAUUUUACAAAUCAGCCCAGCAGAUUCAAAUUUCUCGUGGAAUCUUCUUACAAUGGAUGCAAAUAAUAUUAUUGCGGUUUCCAGCAGUCCAGUUGAUGUUCCUCAAAUCAAGUAUGGAAUGGCCAUUAAGAAUGUGACAAGCAAUAAUACUACAUGGAGUUGGUCAACUAUAUCCAGUCCCAUAUUCAGAUGCUCUGACAAGGUUAGAUCUUUGCUGUCUUCUCUCCAGUGUAGUAUACUGAGAAUCCCAGUCAAGAAUGCUCAUGAUGGUCAAACAAAAGGUGCUACAAAACCUUUUGAAGCCAUAUUUGUGUCAUCUAAAACCAAUAACAAGGAUGAAUUUGAUCCAUUAAUUGUGAUCCUUCAUGGAGGGCCCCAAGACGUGUCUUUGUCAUACUUUUCUAAGUAUUUGGCUUUUCUAUCUUCAGUUGGAUACAGCUUGCUGAUUGUAAAUUACAGAGGUUCAUUAGGAUUUGGUGAGGAAGCAUUGCAAUCUCUUCCAGGGAAUGUUGGGUCUCAGGAUGUCAAUGAUGUUCUCUCUGCCAUGGAUCAUGUCAUCAAUCUGGGUCUUGCCAGUCCAUCUAAGAUUACAGUAAUGGGCAUUUCGCAUGGUGGUUUUCUGACAACUCAGUUGAUUGGCCAGGCACCAGACAGGUUUCUAGCAGCAGCUGCAAUCAAUCCUGUUUGUAACCUUGCACUGAUGAGUGGAACAACAGACAUCCCUAAUUGGUGUUAUGUGGAAGCUUGUGGAACCUCUGCCAGAAAUUGCUUUACUGAACCACCUUCCGCAGAGGAUUUGACUCUAUUGUAUAGAAAGUCUCCUAUUUCACACGUCUCAAAGGUAAAAGCACCAACACUAUUCCUAUUAGGUGCUCAAGAUGUUCGAGUUCCAAAUUAUGAUGGAUUGCAAUAUGCUCGGGCUUUGAAGGAGAAAGGAGUAGAUGUAAAAAUCAUAAUGUUUCAAAAUGAUGUUCAUGCACUCAAAAGGCCACAAUCUGACUUGGAAUGUUUCCUUAACAUUGGGGUGUGGUUCAAUAAGUACUGUAAAUACGAGGCAAAGGAGUCACAAGAUUUCCUGAACACGUAA